CAUUUAUUUUGCUUCGAAGUGAAGUGACGUGUUUCAAUGUUUUGCAAAUAAAAUCUUCCGACUGAUCUUUUGAUUUUCAUAAAAAUGUCUAUUUUACCGAGGAUUUUUAGUAGUAUUUCAAAGUCACUAAACAUCCAAAACGUAACUAAUUCAAUAUUUUCUAAAGCAACUGGAAUCGCAGGGGUUUUCGUUCCUGAAAGAACAAAAUACACUGAUUGGCGGAUGUUAAGAGAUGCAAACCGGCGAAAAGUUGUCAAACAGUAUGCUCCAUUGAGGUUACAGAUCAAUUCUUUGAGAUACAAUACCAUCCUUCCACAAGAAAUCAGGGAUAUUGCUUCGAAAGAGAUUCACGCACUUCCUCGUGCCAGUAAUCUUUCUAUGUGCCAUGGUCGUUGUGUUUUGACCUCCAGAGCUAGGGGCAGAUGGGCGAAAUUUAGAAUGUCCAGAAUUGUUUGGCGUCACUUUGCUGAUUAUAAUUUAAUAUCCGGAGCUGAACGUGCAAUGUGGUGAUUCAUUCUUUUGUAGUUCAGAAGCAGUUGGUUUGUAAUUUCUUGUUUAGAAGAAAAAUUAAAUAUCUUUCAGAGUA